AUGGCUGAAUUGAAACAGAGGAAAGAGAACUUCGUAACAGGGCUAAGUGGCGGCUCAAUUGAAGAAAUUAACUGGGUUACAUCCACCGCUGUUUGUGCUUAUUUUUGCUGGAAUCUUAUAAGUUCAGCAAACGACCAAAGCCAGGUAGGAUAUGUAAUUGACUUCUUACUGAACUGGGGAGGACUUUUGUUAGCUAUUACUAUCUAUUCUGACAAUCCCUGGGGCUUGAACAUUCUUAUUCUGGUACCGUCUGUGAUCUACUGGCUGGGUGGCAGACUGUCAAAAAAACCAAAGGCAAAGAAGGAUCAUCGGAAAGGCCCUAACAAUGGCGAGUCUAAGAAAGCUGAAUCUUCAGAGGUGGAACUUGUAAAACGGCCCUUCAUUACAGCUUAUCGUGGAGGAAUGAUGGUAAUCACUGCUUUGGCCAUAUUGGCGGUCGACUUCCAGAUAUUUCCACGUCGAUUUGCUAAGGUAGAAACCUGGGGCACCUCUCUGAUGGAUUUAGGCGUGGGAUCCUUUGUUUUCAGUAACGGUGUUGUUUCAUCGAGAACACUUUUGAAAUCCGAACUCAGCGGACGGAAAGUCAGCCCCGUUCAGAAAAUUACAAGCGCCCUCAAAUCAAGUGGCAGUAUUCUGGUUUUAGGUUUACUACGUCUUUUCUUUGUCAAGAACCUGGAGUACCAAGAACAUGUCACCGAAUAUGGUGUACACUGGAAUUUCUUCAUUACACUGGCUUUGCUUCCACUAGCAAUGAUUCCAAUUGAUGCCAUUGCCACUUAUGCUCCCCGCUUUGUGAUUGCUGUAUUCAUGUCUAUCGCAUGCGAUUCAAUGAUGGUUUAUAAGGAAGGCUUCUUGAGUUUCUUGAUCAACUCACCAAGACGCACUUUAGUCGAGUCCAAUAGAGAGGGAAUGGUCUCGUUUGUGGGCUAUUGCUCGAUUUUUCUUUGGGGCCAGACAACCGGGUUCUACACACUGGCCAGCAAGGCAACCAAAAACAACAUGUACAAAUCAUCGAGUGUACCAGUCGAAAAGGCCAAAAACCUUAGCGGUUGGGAUAAGCUGACAUCGAAAAACCCUCUAAGCGGCUUGCUCAUUUGGUCUUUCAUCUCAAUUCUUAUUGCACAAGUGGUAUACGCACAUCAUCCGUUCAACAUCUCUAGACGUUUUGCAAACUUACCUUAUGUUGCUUGGGUUGCAUCUUACAACAUUGUUGCAUUAACUCUCUAUUGCAUUGUGGACGCAUUGUUUGGCAACGGAACUUCCAAAUUUAGGAUUCCCAUUAGUUUGGAUGCCAUAAACUCAAAUGGUCUCUUCCUGUUUCUUUUGGCCAAUGUGAGCACUGGCCUCAUUAACAUGUGCGUUCCAACCCUCGAUGUAUCGGCUGCAAAUGCUUUCAUCAUAUUACUUACUUACGCUUCCUUCCUAGCUCUCACGGCUGCAAUAAUGUUAAAAAGAGGCCUAUCUAUAAAGCUUUAG